GAUACGUGUGCUUCGACACGUAUCGUAGAUGUUGACUUCGAUGAUUAUAUUCAAUUGGAUAUUAACAAGUAUUUCUUUAAUAACACAAAAUGGGAAAGGGAUUCAAUAAUUACAUGUGUAAAAAGUUUUUUCAUCCAGCAUCUCGAGACAACUUGAAACGAGUAUGGAUGGCUGAACAACAAGCCGAAGCUUAUAAAAAAAAGCAAGAGGAAUUGCGUGUUCAAUAUGAAAAAGAACAGGACCUUCACAAUAACAAAGCUUUGUUGAGUAAAGAAAGCAAGGACAAGCUAAGUGUAAAUUUUAUGUAUGAACCACCACCUGGAGCAAAAAAAGAGAGAGAAAAAGAAGAUAACGAGCCAGAAUAUAAAUUUGAAUGGCAACGCAAGUACAAUGCACCAAGAGAAAGUUAUUGUAAAGGGGAUAGUGAAAUACGAGAUCAACCAUUUGGUAUACAAGUACGCAAUGUCCGUUGCAUCAAAUGUCACAAGUGGGGACAUAUAAAUACAGACAAAGAGUGCCCCUUGUAUAGCCAAGCAAUGAGUGUAGUAAUGGCAAAUAAUUCACAAACUCCAUCAGCUCCAGAUGCUUUAACUCUAGUUCAACAAAUGAGAGAGGAUGGAUUGGCACUUAAAAAGUCUGCCCUUAGUGCUCAACAACAUUUACGAGUUCCUGAGCAUGAACAUCUUAUGGUGUCAGAUGAUGAAGAACAAUCGGAAAUUACAUUAUUGAAAACUCUUUCCAAAAAGGAAAAAAAGAAGUUAUUAAAAAAACUAAAGCAACUUGAAAGAAAGACGAAGAAAGCAGAAAAGAGAAGAUUGAAAAAGAAACAAAUUAAACAUAGAAAAAGUAACAGUGAUACAGAUAGUGAUAACAGUUCUAGCAACAACAGCAGUAGUAGUAGAAGUAGUAGUACCUUGAAUACAAAUAGUAGUACCAGUUCUAACACCACUGCUAGCAGUAGCACUAGUGUAAGUAGUGCAGAUAUCAGAAAUAUUAAUGAUUGUACAUCAAAAAAGAUUAGAAAGAGACGAAAGAAAAAUCGAGCGAAUUCCAUUUCAAAUGGUAAUUCUACGAAUCAUCGUCGAAAGAAAGAGAAAAGUAAAACAAACAAUCAAAAGGGCGGAAAUGGAUUGAAACAUAAAAAGAAGUAUAAACACAAGAAAUCACAUCAAAAAGAUACGAAAGAAAGUAAAGAUAAAGAAUCUGAUAGUCGUAAAAAAAGAAAAGUCACCGAAUUUAAGGAGGAUAAAAAUGGUGAAAAUCGAAAUAGGAAAAGAACAAGACGAUGUUGAGAUUAAUUAUGUUUUUACAUAUUAAAGGUAUACAAUAAAUUGUAAUUCAACGUAAUGAAAGUUUAUAUACGCGCCAGUUGUAUUUCCUACUCAUAUAAAUCACAGAACACGAUAAAUGAAUUAAGAUGCAUGUAUGUUAUGUACUUCUCACACACGUGCAGUAGAAAGCGUAAUAUAGUAUAGAAUUCUUAUACUUACUAAACUAUUUUAAUAAGCAUCAUGUGCAUAACAGAAAUUACAGUUGAAAAAGUUUCUAUUUCUUAGA